GCACUGGUGUCCGUCUCUGUGUGGGUGUUGAGAGGGGGAAGAAACGGCCUCUCUCCUGUUCAGAUAUAAUGUCUGUGAAAUUGUUUAACCCGUCCAAUUUUACACUUCGCCAACCACAUCACUUUUGUUGUUUGACUACAGUAGUACAUUAGUAGGCCUACGAGUGUCUAUUAUAAAUCCAGAGGUGAUGAAGAAUUUCUUCCACUAUGUUCAGAUGUGAAAUUGUCACUCUGGUUGCUUGAGGAAAUAGACUAUCUUUGAAAAUCGUCUGAGCACUGUUUUCUGUUGUUUUGUUGCUCUAUGUAUUGCAUGUCGCCGCCUAGUGGUUCCCACUUUUAACGGAGCGCACAACACGACGACGGACACGACUUCAGAGCCAGUCGUUUGCCACCGCCUCAACUCUUUGGUUUAAACCUGCAUCUGCUGUCACCGACCUUUCAAUCUAUCUACCGAUCUGAAUGCUGGGAAAGUGGAAACCGAGCUGAUCGCAAACAGAUAUGUUUUGACCGGUGAGGGACCGACUUCGGAAUGAAGACGGCAGGACAGACUGGGAGACCGCGGCCGUUCCAGCGGUUCUGCUGCUGUGGAGUUGGGCUUCUCGCGGUCAUUUGGCUCUCACAGUUCGCGCACGUGAUAGAGCCGGAGUCAUCCGGGUCUCAUUCUGGAGAGGAUGAGGUUCCAGUCCGUUCCAGACGCAGGCUGAUGCAGGAAGAGUGGACAGAAGACAACCAGACCCUGGACCUUUCUAGACCAGCCAUCCAUGAGUUUCCAGAAGAUAUCUUCACCAAGGAGGAGCUGAAAAGAGGAGCAGUGCUGUUACAUGUGCUGUGUGCGAUCUACAUGUUCUACGCUCUUGCUAUUGUCUGUGAUGACUACUUUGUUCCUUCCCUGGAGAAAAUAUCAGAGAACCUGCAGCUCAGUGAGGAUGUGGCUGGGGCAACCUUCAUGGCUGCAGGAAGCUCAGCCCCAGAGCUCUUCACCUCUCUCAUUGGUGUGUUCAUCACUAAAGGAGACGUGGGGGUCGGCACCAUCGUGGGAUCAGCGGUCUUCAACAUCCUGGUCAUCAUUGGUGUGUGUGGCAUCUUUGCGGGCCAGACGGUGGUUCUGACGUGGUGGUCUCUGUUCAGGGACUCCACCUACUACAUCUUCUCUGUGCUGGCUCUCAUCCUGGUUAUCUUUGAUGCGAAAGUUGUCUGGUGGGAGGCCGUGCUUCUAAUGACUAUGUAUGGAGUUUACAUUGUUAUCAUGAAGUUCAACUCCCAGCUCUUGGGGUGUGUGACUCGUCGUUUUGGUGGCCCGGGUCAGUGUUGCCUGGGUAGUGAGGGACACCGCGAUGAGGAGAUGGCAGAGGACGGACCCACCUGCAACACCAACAUGGUUCUGCUCAGGAAAGGCCAACCCCAGGGUCAGGAGUCUCCUCCGGUGAUGAUGGUGGACGAGCUCCUCAUCCUCAACCCCCACCAGUUGUCCUUCUCCGAGGCUGGGCUGCGCAUCAUGAUUACCCCCCACUUCUCCCCUCGCACCAGGCUCAGAAUGGCGGGCCGCAUGCUCAUCAGUGAGAGACAGAGGUUGAUCAGGAGUCCCAACACCCAGCUGGAUGGAGAGACCAGCGCAGGGGCAGGGGGCACCCCUCUGAAGGGUUCUGGAGGUCUGGAGAAUGGGGGCAGUGUGGAGAGACAGACCCCUGAGGGGGCAGGGCUAGGGGACGCAGGGGAGAAGCCAGGGGCGGAGGGUUGUCAGGCUGAGGAAGAGGAGGAGGAUGAUGAUGGGCCGUUCAGGCCUCUGCACUGGCCAGAUGGUUGCUGUGCGCGGGUCAAGUGGCUGAUCUCGUGGCCCCUGGGCCUGCUGCUGUACUGCACUGUGCCUAACUGUGUGUUCCCCCGCUGGCACCGCUGGUUCAUGGUCACCUUCUUGGCCUCCACCCUGUGGAUAGCCAUCUUCUCCUACCUCAUGGUGUGGAUGGUCACCAUCGUCAGCUACACACUAGACAUCCCAGACUACAUCAUGGGUAUCACCUUCCUGGCAGCGGGCACCAGCGUGCCAGACUGCAUGGCCAGCCUCAUUGUAGCUCGGCAAGGUAUGGGGGACAUGGCUGUGUCUAACUCCAUUGGCAGUAAUAUCUUUGACAUCCUGUUGGGGCUGGGUUUCCCCUGGGCUCUGCGCACUCUGGUGGUGGACAACGGAUCGUCGGUCUACAUUAACAACAAGGGCCUGGUGUAUUCUGUUGUCCUGCUGCUGGCCUCCGUCUUCCUCACAGUGAUGAGUGUCCAUCUGAACCACUGGAAGCUGGACCGCCGGCUGGGCCUGGGGCUGAUAUUCCUCUAUGCCAUCUUCCUGCUCUGCUCCAUCUUCUUUGGGCAGAUGUGAGGCUGACACUGGGGGUCAAAGGUCAACCCUGACUCGCUUUCCUUUAAGCUGCCGCGUCCAGGAGUCCUCUGUCUCCCAGAGAUCCUCUCUCCUAAAACCAAACAACAGUCUCAGCUACAUUGUGCUAAAAGUUAACGUGAUGUAGCACAGACACACACACACACACACACACACACACACACACACACACACACACACACACACACACACACACACACACACACACACACACACACACACACACACACACACACACACACACACACACACAGUAGUCUUUUUCAGUGGUACAACCCUUUUUAAUCCGGAGUGUAGUGUUUUAAUACACAGCAACACAUAAUGUCCAGCUGUCACCAUGGAGAAAUAAUACAAUAGACUAGUACUCUUGUUUCUUAACCUUAAGUUUGGAACACCCGUGUUUGUUUUGAAUGUACGCCCUAGCUGAUGUUACCUUGUUGAGUGGGGAUUCAGUAUGUACAUUUUGUGCUGGGGUACAGUGGAGCAUAGACCAGUCAGUAAGGUACUAAGAACGUAGCAAUAGCACAAAUGGACAGCAUAGACUUGUAAUGGGGAAAAUGUUAAUAAGAGAUGCAGAUUAUUGUGACUAUAACUGACCGAGUUCCUCCCGAAGAGGAUUUAUGAAUAAUUUUUUGUUGUUGUUGCCUCACUGCUUUUAAACAAGUAUUGUUACAAACUAAGUAAAUAAUAGGCUAACGUGAAA